CUUCUUUGCCAGGGUUCUGAUCCUCCAAGUGCUUGUUUCUUUCCUUUCCUGUCUACAUCAAACCGCCUUCCCACUUUUUUAUGUUUUGGCCUUCUUUCUCUCCCUUUGUGUUAGCUUAUAAGGCCAAACUCCCCCUCUUCAGAUUCCACAACAAAGUGCUUCAGAGAGAAUACAUAUCUCCCCCAAAUUUACCUUAAACACUUCCAUUUUUAUUUUCUUUCACUGCUAGCUAUAGCCAGCCUUCUUCUCCUCUUCUCCCAUGACUGGAAAAAGAAACCAAACCAGCAGCCCCAUCGGCAGCCCAUCUUCGGGGAACAUCUCGGAUAGUUCUUCCAAAGAACAAGACCGUUUCCUUCCCAUAGCUAAUGUAAGUCGAAUCAUGAAAAAAUCCCUCCCAGCAAAUGCAAAAAUAUCCAAAGAAGCCAAAGAAACUGUCCAAGAAUGUGUAUCCGAGUUCAUCAGCUUCAUCACGGGUGAGGCUUCGGAUAAGUGUCAGAGGGAAAAGAGGAAAACUAUAAACGGGGAUGAUCUUUUGUGGGCUAUGACAACGCUGGGAUUUGAGAAUUAUGUUGGACCUCUCAAGGUUUAUCUCAACAGGUACAGGGAAACUGAAGGAGAGAAGAAUUCCAUGGCCAGGCAAGAAGAUCAGUGCCUUGCUACUAAUCCUGCAAUCAACCAUGGUGGUAGUAUUGAAUUCAACAAAGUCAAUGCAGCUAUGCCAGCUAGGGGUACAGAUCAUUUCCAGGGUUAUGGCAAUGGCUUCUUUUCGCUUGGAGCUCAAGGUACUCAUCCACACAACUAUGACGAUGGUGGAAGAGGGAUCGGCUAUGGAGAGAGUUUGAUGACAGCUGGUGCUUUCAACACAAGCAGGAUUCGAGAAAAUGGAGAUGGAAAUGGUAAUAGAACCAUGGCAGCUCAUCUUCACAGGGUUGACUGGUAGCAGUUGCAAAUCAAAUUACUAGUUUUUUUCCCCAUUAAAUAU